AUGCACCAAGAUUUGGAAGGAAAGUUCGGCAACGUGCCACAAAGACGUGGACACACUAAGACUCGCUACGUCACAGAUCUGAACACUAAGAUCCUCCUAGAAAACAGGACAUUGUGUCCGUCUGACAGCCAGCUUUCUGUUUUGUUCAUGGUCCACUCUGCCUUGACUAACUGGAAACGACGCGAUACCAUGAGAACAAUACUGGCCCUCGCAAACAGUUCUCUGUACACAAACUACUCGAUACGUGUUCUGUUCCUGCUGGGAAGAACCAAAUAUGCUCAUGUGAUGGAAAUGACGGUGAUUCGACAAGAAUUUGACAAGUAUGGCGACAUAUUACAGGGGAACUUCCUAGAUAGCUAUAGAAACUUGACUUACAAAGGAUCAAUGGGUAUGAAAUGGGUGAGUCUGCAUUGUGCCAAUGUGAAAUACGUCAUCAAACUUGACGAUGACGUAUAUGUAGAUUUAUACAACGUCUUUCAUCGUAUAUACCACGACUACUCCAGCUACACGCGAUUAGUAUUGUGUAACAAGAUGCCCGCGAACAGCGUGCCCGUAGAUCGGCGAGGACAUUGGACAAUAGACCAGAAUGUAUUUCGCCAUUACAGGUCGUACCCAUGGUCGUUCUGCAGUGGUUUUGCUGUGGUGUUGUCAGGGGCCAUGAUGCCUAUACUCCACAAGGCUGCUCAGAUGGUGCCUUUCUUCUGGGUGGAUGAUGCAUUUCUGUUUGGGAUACUCCGCAGUGGUAUUGACCAUCAUUUUGAAGAGUUCGCCAAGUUCAACUUCUCUCAGCUUCACAAGACAAAGUUUGUGCAAUGUUUUAACCAAUCAUCGUGUGAUUAUGUGUUUGGUCUGGCCGCUCGUUCUGUUUCAAAGACAUUGCACUACCUGCGGUAUAUGAACCUGGACUUUGGGACAAGCCUCAAACUCACACAGGAUCUGGUACGGCAGGUUGGUGCGCAACUAUGAUUAUCACAUGUCUAUUAUUAAAUGGUAUUUUAGAAAAUGA